AUGGCGGCGGAGAGCGACGGCGCUGCCAUGGACACUCAAAGGGCGUUCAUGCAGGCCCUGAGGAGGCUGGACCCGGAGGAGCGCGGCUCCGUGAGGCGAGAGGACCUGGUCACUGUGAUGCGGGCGCUGUUCCCGAACUGGUCCGACACGGAGAUCAACGUGAUGGUCGGCGCCUCCGGCACGGAGAGCGCCUCGGGCCGCGUGGACCUGGAGCGGUUCGCCGCCUGGCUCUUCGCCGGCGCGCAGGUCAGCGAGGCGGAAUCGGUGGGGCCGAUCACUCCCGAGGACUUCGUGCUCGCGCUGGCCAACAUGACGCGCGCGUGGGAGGUGGUGCCGGAGGCCGAGAGGCUCCCGGAGGACGAAGAGCUCGGCUUCUUCGAGGACGAUUGCUUGUCCCGCUGCGGCGAGAUGAUAGCGAGGUGGCACAGCGGCAAGUCGUCGCACCCGGCGAGGGAGCGCCUGGCCGCCCGCUACCCGAGCAGCGAGGCGGGCGCCGAGGCGUUGCACCGGGACCUGCUGGCCAUGCGGGCGGACCCCGCCGUGGAGGCGGCCGACCGCGAGCUGCGCCUGACGAAGUUCACGGCCCCCGCGCGCGGCGCCGCCCCCGGGCCCGGCGACGUGAAGCAGCAGUGCCAGUCCUCCACGGGCGCGGUCGACCACAUCGACCGCGCGUUCGAGACGCUGCUGCGGGACCUCGACGACCCCGAGCCCCCGGGGAGGCUUCUGGAGCGCUGGCACGACUGCCCCGAGGGCGUGGCCUCCCACAAGCUCGGCAGCCACGCCCAGGCGGCGGGGCCGGCGGCGCGGGCGCGGAUCACCGCAGGCCUGCUGGCGAUCUGCGGCCACUUCAGCGCGCCAGUGCUGCUUUGGCGCCUGCGCCGCGGGGGGUGGCCCGACUUCGGCGCGGAGGGGGUGCUGCAGGAGGAGGUCUACCGCCUGCAGGUGCCCCCCGCGGCCGCCGACUUGCUGCUGGACGCCACCCCGCGCUUCGACCCGGGCACGCCCCCCGCCCCGGGCCGCAUCCUGCAG